AAAAAAAAAGUCUCAUGGCGGUUCACGUAAUGAAAAAAGUAAUAAAAUUAGGAAUUAAGCAAGCAAUUAGAUUUGCGUAAGAUGCAAGCAAAUAAAAAAAUAGAUGAAUGACCGAACUAGUAAAUGAACAAUCUAACUAACCAAGCUAAUAACCAACCAAUCUACCGACCAACCAACCAACCGACCGACUAUUUUAAAAUAAAUGCAUUUGGGUAUUUAGAGAACAAGCCUCCUUUAUUUGUUUUGUAUUGAGACAGGAUCUGGAAUGUCCAGUCAAAUUUCUUUGUCUUUCAAUAUUUCAAGACAAAUAAGGAUGAAUCAAUUGUAAAUAACUACUUCGAUUAAAAAAGGCUUUCUUUAAAUAAAUUGCAAGUUCAAUUAGCAGUGAAGAACGUAGCCUUGCCUUUGCAUCGAAGCGAGACGAACGGUGAGCUUGGUUGAUAAAGACAUCUAAAUAAUUGCCCAACGUGUAUAAAAGAUAUUUUCACAAAUUUCCAUAUUCCUUCAAUGCGGUUUCUUCCACAACCAGCUGGCAAACAAAUCUGUCCAAGAAUUACAGCAAGAUCUACGUAUUUUAUAGCCUGGAUCAAUUAUAUGGUAUAAGGGCAUGAAGGAAUACUUGGUUUGGUAAUUCCACGAAACAAAUAUUUUUUGAAAGAAUUCAUCGUUGAGAGGAAUUCAAAUAACACUUGAAUCAAACGCUAAACUGUACUCGCCAGAUACACGAAAAAACUAGAGCUAAAAGCAAGGAGGUUUCAUAGAAAGGAAUCAAAAUAUAAUCGUCAGAAAAAUAUGUUGAUGGAAAGAGUAGUAUAAGAAGACUUCAAAGUUAACGACAAAAUACCGUUAUUCUAACGAGCUGAAAAGAGACUAGUCCAAGCAGAAGGAAAUAAUUGAAAUUUCAUUGAAUGGAACAAAUGAUCUUCAUUUCCUUAAUCUAAAAUAACUUUGAUCUGAGAAAGGAAUAGGAGUAGGCGUCAAUUAAAUGGAAAACUGUCGGUGAACAAGCAAACGGUAAGCAAAUAACUUGCUUUUUAAACCUCUCUUGGUAAACUUUGAUAAUCUUAUGAAUUGCUGGCAAUGGAUUUAUGAGAAAUUGAUAUCGGAGGRAAAAAAAACCUUCUGGUGAAUUUAAUGACGUCUUUAUGUACCGUGGCAGGAAAAGAACAUCCAAGAUUAACAAAAACCGGCAGUAAAAACUGAGAAUUUAAUUUGAUGGGGAUUUGAUUUAAAAAAAGGUAAACAACGGCAAUUCUAUGAAGAUUUUAGCUUGUUAUUAACUGUAUUAUCGAAUAUCAAGCAAGGCUUAUCUAAAGAGCAAGGUAGUAUUCGAAGUAUGGGUUAUUCUGUCGAGGGAAUCAUCGAGAGUAGCUUAAUGGUUUUGAUUUGCUCCUGUGCUAUCAUUGGUAAUGCGUCGCUAUUUAUCAUCGUCUUUACAAACAAGUCUCUACGAACAGUUUCAAAUUAUUACGUUUUGAGUUUAGCAACCGCUGACUUGGUAAUAACAGUUGUCAGUGGGCCUGUGACUGCAGUAAGCAUGCUGCAAAGAAAAUGGGUCUUUGGACCUUCUUCUUGUACAGCCUUUGGGUUUAUUACGCUACUCACAUUUGUUUCUUCGGUGUGCAACUUGGCAAUGAUCGCCUUGAACAGAUAUUUUUAUAUAGUAAGAUGGAAAACGUAUAAGUCUAACUUCAAAUCUCGUAAUGCACUGAGAUAUGGCAUAUGCGUGUGGAUUGUGUCAUUUAUUUUAUCAGUACCACCUCUUUUUGGCUGGAGCGAGAUACGGUUCAUUAAGGAAAAAUCAUAUUGCUUUGUACACUGGCCAUCUGAUAUGUUCUACAUGUAUUUUAUGGUGAUCGUUUGUUUUUUUGGGCCAUUAACAGUCAUGAUUGUCUGUUACUAUAGAAUCAUUUCGUUUACAAGAUCGUUGAAAAAGCGUCUUUUCGCUCCUUCGGGGAAUUUGCCAAACUCAAACCUUCAAAGAAGAGAAACUAAGCUCAUAUCAAAMGAAGAGUUAAAGCUUACAAACACGCUUUUGAUUGUAGUAUCGUGUUUCGUUUUCUGCUGGGCACCGUUUGCAAUUACGAUGUUUUUCGAUGUAUAUCAUCCUUAUCCGAUACCAAGAGGCAUUCACGUAGCGUCACUGUGCCUCGGUUAUCUAAACAGUAUGUGCAACCCGAUUCUUUACGGCAUUCGUAGCUCAAACUUUAAGAAAGGAUUCAACAACUUAUACUUUAAAUGCUUACCUUGCAUUUUCAAGAAAGGAACCUUGACAAGUUUAGUUAAUUCGGAUUUAGUGCAAGAUAAACAAUGCUCGAUUAUAUCCAAAAGAGUUGAAUGCAGAGACGCCGAUGGAGAUGAUAACGCAAUAAUUCACGUGCAGGCUUUUUAUAGUAGCACAUUUAACAAAGUUUCGCCAACGUUUUCAAACAGUUCUGAGAAAUCAAGAAACGGCAGAGAUAUCGUGAGGAAAGAAAGCAUCGAGAUUGUUACAAGCAACGGUUUAUAAAUAUCUAGGAAUAUUUAAGAUGAUUCGAGAGUGCUGAUUGGCUGGCUUAUUUUGGGAGACUGAGGAACAAUGAAAACCGACUUUCAUUUACCAUGGAUGGAGUCAAAGUUGGAAUCAGAGUCCGAAGCAGAUCAUGAGAGAAAAGUGAAAACCACUGGUCAUAAGUGUAAGUGCAAGCUCAGCCAAUCAUCGCGCAGAAUUCGCGAUAGACCGUUAGAAGGUUUACUAAAACUGCAUAGAUGAGCCACUCGCGCUCAAUAUGAUUAAAUUUGCUCGAAUGAUAAAAAAUAGGGCUACGUAGUUUGUAAAUUAAAGCGCGACUCCAAAAUGAUAGGGCAUGUAUUUCUAGAAGCUUUUUCGUGUUGCGAGUGAUUUCUACAGAAUCCAACUAGCCUAUUUAUAAUUGCGCGUGCAAAUUCGCUAGACAGGGUCCCUGAAAAACAACCUAAAUAGAAAUCAACUCCGUCAUUAGACAUAAAGGUAAUCACCUAUGAAAUAGAAUUUAUAUAUAUAUAUAUAUCUAUAUAUAUUUGCACAUAUUUGUAUUAUAGUGUCUUUUAUUAGUAUACGUUAUAUUUAUACGUCAGUGUCAAAAGGUUUACAUAUGAUUACAAUAAUAUGCYAAAUAACUCUAAUUCAGCCGGAAUAAACCUCAAAAUUGGACUGUAUUAUAGAGGCCUAACCAAGGCUAAAUUAACACGUUUUAUGCCGUCAUAGCCAAUACAUCUAUUUUUGUAUAAAUAUGGAAUAAUUUUCUUUUCCUUAAACAAUUUUUUUGGCAUGGUAUCGAGAUUUUCAUUUUAUAGUGUCUUUGAAUUAGAAAAGGUAAUGCUGUUUUUCAACUUCAAAAUUUCGGU